ACGGGACAGUCUGCUUCCGUAAAGAUUACAGCCUUGGAAACCCUGUUAGGCAGUUCUACUCUGUCCUACAGGGUCACUAUGGGUUGAAAUAGACUCAAUGGCAAUGGAUUUGUUUUUUUUCGUGUCCUUUCAUCUCUACUGGGCUGCGGCACCCACACCCGGCAGGGGGUCAGCAUAUCUACCUGCAUCUGCGCUCCUACACUGUCCCCAAUGAGCAGCGCUACAUCAUCCGCCUGCUCUUCAUCGUCCCCAUCUACGCCUUUGACUCCUGGCUCAGCCUCCUCUUCCUGGGGGGCCACCAGUACUAUGUCUACUUCGACUCUGUGCGGGACUGCUACGAAGCCUUCGUCAUCUACAGCUUCCUGAGCCUCUGCUUCCAGUACUUGGGCGGUGAGAGUGCCAUCAUGGCUGAGAUUCGGGGGAAGCCCAUCAAGUCCAGCUGCUUCUAUGGCACCUGCUGCCUGCAGGGCAUGUCCUACUCCAUUGGCUUCCUGCGCUUCUGCAAGCAGGCCACCCUGCAGUUCUGCAUCGUGAAGCCCGCCAUGGCUGCCCUCACCAUUGUCCUGCAGGCUUUCGGCAAAUACCAUGACGGGGACUUCAACAUCCGCAGCGGCUACCUGUACAUCACACUGGUCUACAACGUGUCCGUUAGCCUGGCCCUCUACGCGCUCUGCCUCUUCUACUUCGCCACCCGCGAGCUGCUGCGCCCCUUCGAGCCCGUCCUCAAGUUCCUCACCAUCAAGGCUGUCAUCUUCCUCUCCUUCUGGCAGGGGAUGCUGCUGGCCAUCCUUGAGAAGUGCGAGGUUAUCCCUGAGGUGCAGGCCAUCGGGGUGGGUGCAGGCACACUGGCCGCCGGCUACCAGAACUUCAUCAUCUGCAUUGAGAUGCUGUUCGCCUCCAUCGCCCUGCGCUACGCUUUUACCUGCCAGGUGUACUCAGAGAAAAAGGAGAACUCACCAGUGUCCCCGGCCCCCAUGGUAAGCAUCUCCAGUGGCCUCAAGGAGACCAUGAGCCCCCAGGACAUCGUGCAGGAUGCUAUCCACAACUUCUCACCCACCUACCAGCAGUACACGCAGCAGGCCACUCAAGAGGUCCCAGGGCCCGGCCCCCACGCUGGCCCAAUGGAUGGGGGCAGGAGGAGCCGCGGUGUGGAGAAGACGAUGUUGAUCCCCGCUGAGGAUCUAUAGGGGGUCUCCGGGAGGAGGGGCCACCCCCCCCCCGCCACCCUCUUGCCAAAGGCCAACUCCUGAGCCUACCGCCAGCCGGGGGCCCCUAGGGGCCGGAUGUCUGUUUGGAGGGACCACAGUCCAGGAGAGGCAUGGAAGCAAAUCCAUCAGCCAGGGGACCACUGGGCUCCCCCGGCCAUCAGCGCCAGGUGAUCACUGUGGGGCCAAGAGCUGGCCUGGCCCUUUGUCCCUCACACAGCAACCCCUGCAGCCCCCUGGGCUGCACUAGAGCUGGGAGUUGGUUGCUUAUUGCAGUGAGUGGAGCAGACAGACUCCAGGCAGGGCAGCUGCAGAGGACAGGGGAGAGCCCGGAGGUGCAGGCUGUCCUGGGAAAUGUGGGAGCUGGACGCUGGCCCUGCUGUGACCGCUGAGGGCCAAGCAAAGGAAGCCCCACUGCACCACAUGCUCUGGAGCCCUGGUAGCCUCCCACCCAGGGAGGGGUGGACGACGUGGGUCUGGAAGGGGCCCAUUUUUGUAUCCAGGGCAGUGCUUCCAGGUAACAGUGCUUAUUCAUGUAUAAACGGCCUGCUUUCUAACAGCGUGUGUGGCUUGUUUCUGCAGGGUUGGGGCCUGAGUAACAGGUUUACGUGGGGUGGUCGAGAAAGGCCUGGUACUCUGGGUCUUUGGGGCUUGGGGAAGGGAGUGUCCCUUUCCACCCUGUGGCGUGGGGGGUUGACAACCAGUCAGUCAGCUGUGCCGCUCCUUUAAGCAGGCCAAAGGGCAUGGACUUUGAGAUCGGAGCACCCGGCCCAGCACCACCUCAAGGCC